AUGGCGCCGGACGCAGCAUUCACUAACAUAAGCGACAAGAACGAAUUCACUAAAUUUACAAAGUUCCUAGCAUACAAAGGGGUACAAGUGAUAGUAGAGUCCAGAAAGGGAGUAAAAAUAGAGCCAAAUAGCAAACCCAUAUCUUCAGACUCUGGUUGGUUUAAUUUACAAAUACCUGACUCUCCAGAGGUUAAUCAAGCUACAAAAAAUGCAUUACCUUCAGACAAAGUCUUAGAGACUAUUAGAUCACAAUUGCACGUCGAAAUAUCAGUACAAACAGAAGAUGGCGACGAAAUGGUACUUGAAUUAUGGACUUUGGAACUGGACGAAACACAAUUCGACACAUCUUUAAAAGCAAUGAACACAGUUUACUUCAGAAUGGGGAUCCUUCUCAAGUCUCUGAUUACUAUCACGCGUAUGACCCCAGCUUACCACUUGUCCAGGAAGCAACGAUCCGAAUCGUUCACCAUUUUCUACAGAGUAUACAAUGGGGAACCAAAAGUUAAAGCUUUAGGGACAUCAGUGAAGAAAAUGCAAGCUGCCAUGCUCAAAACACCUUUAGGUGGUAUCAGUUUUUCUGUCACGUACAGAACUAACUUCUCUAUAUCACCAAAUAAGUGUGACAACACUGGGAUUCUAUUACUGAAGAGUGACCACUUUGAACUAAGCCCGAAACACGUCAUAUUUGAAUCGAAAAAGAAGAAGGAACACAAAGAUAAAGAGAAGAAACUUAUCAGACCUAUAGACCUUAAUAAACCAUUGCGCCUCGCCGCGUUUGUUGAUGAAUCACUGGUCGAGAAGACUUUUAAAGACUUUCUACACAGGAUACCAGUGCCGAGGGGAUGUCUACAGUUCAGACCGAAAAUUCCGGCAAAGGAGAGUCCUGUUGAAUCUAAAAGCACUCAAGAUUUGGAUGUUGCUCUUAUCUCGAAAAGUCCGACGUCGUCCGAAAUGCCGCCAAAGAAGUUCUCCGGCAUUCGUAGCGAGAAUGAGCCACCGUUAAAACUUUUGUGCUUCCCUUUCGCCGACAAUCACCCUAUUAGGGAGUUGGCAGAGUUCUAUAAAGACUUCUUUAACGCCCCACAUUUGAAACUAGCUGAUGACUUGAUACGUUCAAAGUCGAGAAGCGAAGAAUCGGUGAAAGAAGAAGCAGAUAAUGCUAAUGAAGAUCUUUCUAAGGAUUUGGAGCUAUACGAAAGUUCGCUUAAUGAAUUUGAUGAACUAUUAGCAGAUAUGUGCAGGUCGGCUGAGUGGAGUGGGAACUAACAGGGAUGUUCCAGGAGAACUGUUUUAAGACUGAUGUACAGUAUGGAAUGAUUACGGUUUAGUUAACUCUGUUUGGAACAUGUUUUUAUUUUACUAUUUAUUUGGGUAUCUUUACAUUUGUAAGUUUGUUACUUUAGCUUGGACCUUAGCAUUGUUUCCAAGAGGCCAACACUAAAUAUACUUUGUGUGUUGAUAUAUAUUUCUAACUAACUUUUAAUACAAACAUCAAUAUUUGAUACAGACAUCUAUAAAUAUACACACUAAAUAGUGGGCAUCUUAAUUAUUGCAAUAACAUUGAUGCCAAUGGUUAACAGUUGAGCUUUUGACCACACUAGCUGGGGUAAUAUUUGGUUAUAUUAAUGUAUUUAUAAAUGGAAUUUACCUUAAUCACGUGAGGUAUAUAAAUGAGAAAAACUUACAGAUGUAAAGGCAGCUUUAUAUGAUCACUGAUUGAUUAGUUCUCUAAUAAUCAUUAUGUAUAGUCACUCUAAAUUUCCUUUGUUUGUAGUAAGCAG